AUGAGAUUGGUAUUUCCUAACCCGGGACUGGAUAAUAGGAUCCCUACUCAUGAGGAUCUGGACAGGAUGGAGAAGGAGGCAGGGGACAGGCCCAAGUGGGACAACAAAGCCCAGGAUUACUAUUUUUAUAGAGUGACUUUGAAUAGUUCAGCCUCUAUAGCCGACUCUGGAGGAAUCCACUGGCCCAUAGUACUCUGCCUGCUUGCAGCCUGGACAGUCAUUGCAGUCUGCUACAUACGGGGCAUUGGCACUUCAGGCAAGGCAGUGUACGUCACGGCCAUUCUGCCGUACAUAGUGCUGGCCAUCUUCCUGAUCCGUGGACUGACUCUUAAAGGCUCCCUGAGUGGAUUAAAGUUCCUCUUCACACCAGACGUGAAUGAGUUGAUUAAACCAACAACUUGGCUGGAUGCAGGUGCCCAGGUCUUCUAUUCCUUUGGUUUGGGUUGGGGAUGCCUCAUCUCCUUCUCAAGCUACAACCCUGUUCACAACAACUGCGUACAAGAUGCUGUGAUCUUGUCAGUCAUAACUGGCCUGACCUCAAUCUAUGCUGCCACAGUGACCUACUCCAUCAUUGGCUUUAGAGCUACAGAGCAAUAUGACAACUGUAUCAGCGAUAACAUCCUGACACUAUUAAAUGCAUUUGACCUUCCUGAAGACAACAUCACUACAAGCAACUACGAGGCAGCUCUUAUUCAUCUCAACAACUCCUAUCCAGAUACUGUUCUUGGAUUGGACAUCAACACCUGUGACAUACAGACACUUCUCAGUGAGGGAGUGGAAGGAACAGGUCUGGCCUUCAUUGUGUUCACAGAAGCAAUCACCAAGAUGCCCGGCUCUCCUUUCUGGUCUGUUCUCUUCUUCGUCAUGCUUCUCUGCUUGGGACUUUCAUCUCUGUUUGGCAACAUUGAGGGAGUGGUGAUGCCAUUGAAAGAUCUGAAUGUAUUCCCUAAAAAAUGGCCACAUGAAUUACUCACUGGAGUAACAUGCGCUGUCGCCUUUAUCAUCUGUCUCCUGUUUGCGCUGCAUUCAGGGAUUUAUUGGGUAACUCUCUUUGACAAUUUCGCUGGAUCAGUUCCACUUCUGACCAUUGGAUUGUUUGAGAUGAUAGCUGUUGUGUACAUCUACGGUAUAGAUAGGUUCAAUGAGGACUUGGAGUUCAUGGUUGGACAUAAGCCCGGCAUCUUCUGGCAGGUUACAUGGAGGUUCAUUAGUCCUCUCAUCGUUCUGGUUAUUUUAGUUUUCUACAUGGUGACACAAGUCCAAGAAGAGCUCACCUACUUAGUCUGGGAUCCAAACUCUGAGGAAUUCCCGUCUCUGGCAUUAGUACCGUACCCCUCAUGGAUCAACGUGAUCAUUUUUCUCAUGGCGGGCAUCCCCAGUCUUGCAGUGCCUGUGUAUGCAUUAUGUAGGCUGUUUUUUUAUUUGCUGCAAAAAAAAAGUACACGGCAGCUGACUGUUCCAUCAAGUAUCCCCACUCCCGCCCCGGCGCCUCUCACCCUAGGCAACUCCAUAAAAGGACAAAGUCCAACCCUUCUCCAGGAGCUUUGUUCCAGAGCCAGUGCUGUGCGUAGAGGUGAGCCCAACUAUAUCUAG